UGCGCAUUCAAGAAAUUAAUUCAAAGCGGCGUUCUGAACAUGUAGCACAGCCCGGCAAACAGGUGACAGUUACUCACUCGAGAUAAUUAUCCAAGCCUUCAAGUUGGUCGCGAUGCCAUCCAGGGCCAGCCUGCGGCUCCAAUCCAAAAUCGCCGCCUCUGACGACGCGACGCGACCAGACGCGCCCAGCGGCACCGAUCUACAACCGUCGGCGCCGCCGCCCAAGGCCGCCAGUCGGCGCAAGCGAGUGGCUUUGAAACGUUCGGAGACCGUCGCAGACCAUUCCGAAUCUUUUGAGGAUGAGAUUCGCGUGGGAACCAAACGUCCAGCUGUCGAACCCGAGGCACUGGCCGAUCUUACGUUCCCUCCGCAGAGCUCACCAGCGGCAAAGAAGCCACGAAGAGGCCGGCCUAGGAAGUUGGUGAGGUCGAACGACGAGAGCUUGGUGAUACUUAUUGAGGACAAGCCGCCUGCGGGGAACCCGACCGCUGCACAGGCGGCGCGGGCCGGGAAGCGGCGACGGACAAGGAGCGCCAAGGACACAGACGAGGGAGCCGGGGCAGCUCAAAGAGACAGUCCCGAGCCUGGGAACCCGGUUCCCCAGCCGGCUAGUUCCAAAGAAGAUUCAAAUACAACCAAACGCAGAAAUUCGCUGCAGCGACCCACUCCCAGAGUGCUUCGGCUGCCAGGGACCGUGGAAGUUGACGGCUACGAUGUUCCCGACGACGAUGAGGAAGAAGAGGUCUCAGCGGUCAAGGAAAACGAUGAUAUCUCCUUUGCCCUUUCUGGAAGACAUGCGCGCGGUUACGGGGGGAAUCAAGAUCAUAAUGGCGAAAAUGGAGGGCAGGGCCAAAAACCUGAUGACAAUGAAGUACAAGAACGAUAUGAAGAGCAGGACCCUGACGAUCUUCUCGAGGAGGAAGCAGCAGCGGAGGUCGGACGCGCAAGCGCAAGCGUAAGUGACGAGGCGCCAGCACUUGAAGCCAUCGAACUCCCUUUUGGCCCCGAAGAUGCUCAAGAUCACCACUACGUAAAGGUCUACUGUGGUUCACUACAGACAGCGUUUCUGCAGAUGGGCAAAGAGUACUGGGCUGGAGGCGGAGAGGGGUGGCACUCAAGUUGGAAAUUAAGUGGCGCCUUUGACAGCACCAAGAAGCUCGCUGUCGCUCUCAAGGAGCUAUACAUCCAACUUGGACAGGCUCCAAUGCACCCCGAAGUUGCGAAGCAGGAUGAAUAUCUACGAAAAAAUGCGAAGCGGCUCGAACUUCGGAUCACGGCGAUAAAUACAAUGGCUACGGAUUUUUGCGGGUCUUUUCCCCAACACAGAGAUGCCAGGGCCCUGGCUGAAGAUGUGAUCAAGAGCAUCGUUCCUGCUGGAAUCGUUCUACUACGGCAAGUGUUUCUUAUGGGCGGAAUGAGUACCGAGUUGUCGCUUAGUAGUCGCCGUUGCGCGUACAUGUCCCCAACGACGGUGUCAAUCGCAAAACACAUCAUAGGAUGGCUCAAGGCCUUGACAAACACGAUUGUGAGACGGGUGAUCCCGGCAAGCGAUGCUAGCAUGAAGGAUAUUCGUGCGCAGAUCUCACGAGAGGCCCUCCUCGAUUACCUCGAACAAAUUCAAAAGGGGAGAGGGGGCUUGGCCGACUCCGAAGCCAAAUUCGAAGAGAUCGCUGAGGCCGAGCGCGUGGAACAAGAGUGCCAGGAGGCGGAAGCUGCCGUCCGGAGGGAGGCGGCAAGUCACGACGCGACCAUAAAGCAGAACAGGCAGAUGGAGGCACAGGCUCGAUACGCUACGAACGACGACCAGUACAUGGCCUUCUGCCGGUCGACGCAGAACCUCGGGCCUGAUCCGUUAUGGGAACAUCGCAGGCGCAAGAUGCAAGCCAGCAUGCGAGCCUUUGGCGUCGCAGAUGUGGGGUAUGGUGUGUCGCGACAGCCGCUGGCGGUAACCAAGGCGCCCAAAACGGAGGUGCAAAAACCUGCCACCCAACUCGAUGCUAGGCAGCAUGUAAUGGGGGAGCUACACGGUGAGCCCAGCGAGGAGGAGAAGAAGGUGAUUCUCGAACACGUGGUGAAGAACCCACGGUUCAACGUCGAUGCCGUUGCAAACGAGCUUGGCUGGGCGCCGGGUCACGUCCGGAGGUGGAGGGAUAUCCUGGUUGACAGGGCAAGGAAGGCCUACCAGGCAAGGGGUUACUCUGUCAGCCGAUUGCCUGAGUGGCUUGCUUGAUCUGAGGAGUACUCCUUAGGAGUUUCGGUUUGAGAUGGCCAGUCCAAUUGGCGUUGUUUCUGUUUUUUUCUUUUUCUUUUUCUUUUCUCUGCCUAUUAUGAUACCUAUUGAGCUUUCUUUGCUGCCAAUUUUGCUUUUACAUUUGUUGCACUCGUUUCUUAAUCUGGAGUACCGUAUCCCUGAAACAGGGUGUUUGAUGCAUUACACAGGCAAUACUCGCCAGCAAAUAGAUCCGAUUCAGGAAUAAACCCAAGCCAACAACACGUUGCCACGUUGUGUUGCAACCAACCUCUCUAAUGUAUUUCUGUCGGGCAUCCGUACCUAGAAAUGUACUUUAGGUACUUUAAAUACAAUAUUGGGCAAGCUGCGUUGCCUGCAUAUCAAUGGCCAC